GUCGAGAACCCAAACACGGCGGAGGGCAGGGAAGAAGACUGGACUGGGUCUCCAAGAAGCGGACAUCAUGAAAACAGGCACCUUACGACUCUGGUUUUUCAUACAUCUACAAUGUCUCCUGACUGGACAUGUAGUCGACUCCUCCUCUCUGCCCUCCGCCCGUUACGUGUCUGUAACCUCCACGGUGGGCAGCCAGGCGGUUCUUCCCUGCAGCUGGAAGUCCCGUCUGGGGGAGGUGGCUCUGCCGGCCUGCCACGUCCAGUGGGCCUCGCUGUCCGACACCGUGUUCGAACAGUGGGGGGAGGCCAGGUGGCAGGCGGCGGAGUUUAAGGACCGGGUGAAGGUGCCAGAGGAGAAACUCGGAUCCGGGGAUUGUUCCCUGAUCAUCAGCGACGUCCAGAUCGGAGACACUGGCAGAUACGAGAGCUUCAUGGUGGUGGAUGGAGAGAGGUCCAAAGGAACCCGGGUGUUCAUCCAGAGCGUCAAGCUGUCCGUGUUCGACCACAAAUCCCAUCAGUCUCGUCGUCCUGGUGGGGACCUGGUUGUGGAGCUCCACACACCUCGCUCCAUAAGAUUGGUCUUCCAGGCCAGGAACAGCUCCGUGUGGUCGGACGUGUGGAUGAGGGGGGAUAAAAACAGCCAGCGUCUGGAGAAAGAUCCUCUGCUGGAGCAGCUGACCAUUAAGAAUCUAAAGAGCUCCGAUGAAGGAACGUACAAAGUUCUGGACAAUCAGGGCCUCGCCAUCAGCACCGUGCAGCUCUCAGUGGAAGAAAAUUUCACAGCUGCCAGAGUCGAUAAGAUGCUGGAAAAUGUACCAACAGAUGCUGCCGUCCAAAGCAAAUGCUCAAUUCUUCUCCUCGUCUCUGUUCUUGUCUGGAGUUUCCAAAUUCUUCGUCUUCUCUGAGACAGUUUCCUCUGCAAAGCAACUGCGCAUACAGCAGACGCGAAUCCCGAACACUACAGCCAGCUGAUGGUGUGAAUCCUUAAUGUGAGUGUAAAUGCAGAAAGACAGAUCAGAGUGGGACAUGUGAUUCAAGCUGCAUCAAGUGCAAUUUUUGUUUGAAACCAAAAGCCAAAAUUUUUAAUACCACUUACAGAUCUCUCCGUUAAAUAUGAAGCUCAGGGUAGCGUAGCUUAGCGUAAACACUGGAAACCAUCUGAAAUCAUCACAAUUUUUGAACUAUUUGUGCUCAACCAUCUCUGAUUUGACAGAAAACAUUCAGGCAUAAAAUCCAGAUACUGAUGAAGAUAUUUGAAAUUUGAUCUCAAUAUAGAAAAAACCUAGAGCUAUAUAAUUUUUAAAAAUUGCCUGUCGACGCACUUUCAGCCCGCUGAGAUUUGAGUCUGUGUUUGAACAACAACAUCUUAAAUAUAAAAGCCUAGAAUUUUCCACUGUUAUUUCCCAUCCUGCCAUUCAAAAAAUGAAAUAUUGGACAAAUAGAUCAGAUAAUUUCUGAUUAUGGGUGAGUUAAAAUAUGAAAAA